AUGGUAGGUUUGGAAUUCCUAGACCUUUCUCAUAACAAUAUAUCUGGACUUAUUCCCAAGUCUUUGGAGAAACUUCAAUACCUCAAGUAUUUCAAUGUUUCUUACGACAAAUUGUAUGGUGAAAUACCCUCGGAAGGUCCUUUCAAGAACCUAUCGAGUCAGUUGUUCAUCCACAAUGAAGCAUUGUGUAGUUCUUCAAGAUUUAGUGUCCCGGCAUGCCCCACUUCAUCAAAGCACAGAUCAAAUAGGAAAAAAUUGCUAGUUCUAUUUCUUUUGCUAGGACUAGCACUUUUAUUUGUUCCUAUCACUUUUGUGUUUAUAUGGAUAAGGUAUAGAAGAGGUAAAAGAGCUCCUCAACAAGCAGAUGCAUUGUCUGCCAUAACAAGAGAAAGAAUUUCAUACUAUGAAUUGCUACAAGCAACUAAUGCACUUAUGGAGAGCAAUCUGAUUGGUUCUGGAAGUUUUGGCUCUGUUAACAAAGGCGUUCUCAGAAGUGGAACUGCCAUUGCAGUUAAAGUGUUCAAUCUGCAACUAGAUGCGACAUUCAGGAGCUUUGAUACAGAAUGUGAAGUUCUGCACAGCCUUCGCCAUAGGAAUCUCGUAAAAGUCAUCACUAGUUGUUCCAACCUUGAUUUUAAGGCUUUAGUGCUCGAGUAUAUGCCUAAUGGAAGUCUUGAGAAGUAUUUGUACUCACACAACUACUUCCUCGACUAA